AGGCCCAUUAACACCGAAAAAUGUCAUCAGUUAAACUUUGAAGCUUACUGCACAAAAACAAAAAAUAAAAAUGAAAUUCUUCGUUGUAUUCGCUUGCCUUUUGGCCGUAGCCUUCGCCGGUAAUGACGUCAAUGUCAUCCGUAGUGAUGCUGAAGUCAAUGUUGAUAACUUCAAAUAUGCUUAUGAAUUCGACAACAGCAUCAAAGCUGAACAACAAGGCAACUUGAAAGGAGAAGAUACCUGGGUCGUCAAUGGUCAAUACUCAUAUACCUCACCUGAAGGCGAACAAGUUUCCUUGGCUUAUACCGCUGAUGAAAAUGGUUAUCAUGUUGAUGCUGCCAACCCAUUGUUGCCCACUCCACCACCAAUUCCAGCAGCCAUCCUCCGCUCUUUGGAAUGGAUCGCAGCUCAUCCCUCAAAGGAAUAAAUUGCGGAAUAGUUUGACAUGUUUUUAUGUCAUAGUUUAGAUGAGCACAAUGUA